AUGAGUGCAACAGACGACCGUACGGAUGAGACGGUGUUCAGGGAGUUGUCAGCGGAUGACAGCGAACAAUAUCCUGUUGAAGUGGAAUCGUUGUGUACUAAUUGUCAUAAAAAUGGUAUUACACGAAUAAUGUGCACUCGGAUACCUUACUACAGGCAAGUGAUUGUGAUGUCUUUUACGUGUGAUCACUGUGGCUACGGAAACAACGAGCUUCAGAGCGGUGAGGCCGUUCAGGAACACGGUACAGAAAUAGUGCUAAACGUAAAAGAUGCUAAGGACAUGAAUCGACAGUUGGUCAAGUCCGAAUAUGCUCGUAUCGAAAUACCUGAACUGGAAUUAGAAAUUGAUCCAUUAACACAACCUGGAGAAGUGACCACAGUGGAAGGUGUUUUGAGUCGAGUACGAUUGGGCUUAGAACAAGAUCAGCAAAGAAGAAAGAAAGAGCAACCAGAAAUCGCUGAAAAAAUUGACGAAUUUCUGAGACGUAUCAAAGAUUUUAUGAAUUUGAAGCAACCUUUUACGCUGAAGUUACGCGAUGCCACUGGCAAUUGUUUCAUCGAAAAUCCGAAUCCUUUCCAUGUAGACCCGCAUUGUAUCGCCACACAUUAUCAUCGAACGUUGGAUGAAAACAAAAUGUUGGGAUUAGCGGACGAUGAUGAUGUGGAGCCAGAGCCCGUGCCUGAAUGGCAAUCGUUCGAGGAUGCAAAACAUGAGGUUCUCCGUUUCGCGACCGAUUGUCCGAAUUGUGGUCGACCCACCGAAACAUGCAUGAAACCUACAGAUAUACCGUAUUUUUCGACUGUCAUAAUAAUGUCAACAACAUGUGAUUAUUGUGGUGAACGGUCGAAUGAAGUGAAGAGUGCAGGCGCGAUUCGUGAUCAAGGCUGUAAACUGAUCGUUUCCAUUGAGAAAGAAGUUGAUUUGGCCAGGGAUGUGUUGAAAUCGGAUACGUGUGGUAUGGCAAUACCUGAGCUGGAACUUGAAGUGGGACCGGGUGCGUUGCUGAGUCGUUUCACAACCGUCGAAGGCCUUCUGACUGCCACAAAAGAACAACUUGAGCAACAAGGCAGUUUUAUGCUCGGUGACAGUGCUCUGCCAGAAGCGAAUACCACGAUGUCAGAGUUCUUGCAACGAUUCGAUGAGAUGAUCGCACUGAAGAGGAAAGUGCAUUUGGUACUGGACGACCCAGCUGGCAAUAGUUAUAUACAGAGUUUGGCUGCACCACUUGACGAUUCGCGUUUGGAGAAAAUAUUUUAUACGCGAAAUUUCGAGCAAAACGAGGAGUUGGGACUGAACGAUAUGAAAACUGAGAACUACGGUGAAAAUUUGGACUCUAUCAAAGAGGAGGAAGAGGAUUGCAGUGCGGAAACAGAUGCGAAAGUGCAUAAUGAGAUAAUCCAGUCUGAUAAUCCGAAGUCAUAA